CUCCAUUCUGCGCACCCAUUGCUCCCAGAAUAGUCCCAUUAGUGUCAAAGGACGACCAGGCCUGGCUGUCUACAUAUCCAUCCAUGACCACAGACAGGAGACUGGAUCUGUGAUAUCUAUCAUGACUUUGAGGAGCAAAAGUUGACCUCUGACCGACCCCUGGACAAACCCCAACUCAAGUGAAGCCGGUUGUUGGCAACGUAACGGCUCCCUCACAGCAUCUCUAUAAAGACGGCCGGUUAAGCAAUAAUACGAAAGUAGCUUCACGAAAAUCAAGGAGCCCAUCAAGCGUGAGGGGCCAUACCCUUUGAAUACAGUUAUCUCCAAUCAUGUUCCAACUUUCUUCCCUCGUUCAGAAGGCGCAGGCCUUCAUUGACCCGGCCAAUUUUCUGCUUCCUUCUUCCUCCUCUGACCGGAAUCCUUCCAAGGCAUCUCUUUUCCGCCAACAAUUCCGUCUCCCUGAUUCUCAGAAUCCGCUCCAGGAAAUAAGCGCUGAACUGGUCUUACCCAUCCCCUUCUUGACACCCUCGCAUGCUACACAGGGCACCAAGGAUGCAGAACGACCAGGAAACAGAUACGAAGGCAACUUGCAUCUGAGCGAGCGGUUCUUAUGUUUUUCAACGCAGCAUACUAGUUUUUUGUCAGCCGCUAGCUUUGGUGCUUCGUCAGCAUUCACGGGUCAAACACAUGGGACGGGACCUUCGGGCAAUGGGUUCACAAUCCCACUAUGCGCAAUUCGAAGGGUGGAACGUUUGAACAGUCUUAGCCAUGUGUUCUCACUGGCGUUGACGACGUGGAAUGGAGCACUGGUAAAAACUAAUGCGAAGGACACCCCGGCGGCACCGCAGCGGUUCACUUUGCAUCUGAUAGGGAGUAGACACGCGUGUGAACGGUUCUGUGAUGGUCUAAAGAGAGGUUUGAGAGAAGGAAUGAAAGAUGUGGAUAAUUUACGGAUGGUUGUUGCAGAGUGUCAUUCUGAGUACUUGCUCAGUGGGCGAACGACUAAGUCAAAUGACAAACCCGACCAGAAUGCACCUUCAAGGGAGCCGCCUGACACGGGUUUAGGAUUGGUGUUCAGGUAUCCUGGGGAUGCUCGGAAACUAAGGGACCGAAGUAAAAUGAGGUUAUGGGGAGAGUAUUUUAGAGAAAACGGUCGUAAUGCAACCCUAAUUCGCCAACCGACCUUCCACAAAUUAAUACGUGUUGGCCUUCCCAAUAGGCUUCGAGGAGAGAUAUGGGAGCUAACGUCCGGGUCGUUCUAUGCACGCAUCCGAUCUCCAAAGUUAUAUACAGAAACACUGUCAAAAUUUUCUGGACGCGAGUCCCUCGCUAUAGACGAAAUCGAAAAAGAUCUGAACCGUAGUCUUCCUGAAUAUCCUGGAUUCCAGAGCGAAGAAGGAAUUGGUCGGCUACGGAGAGUUUUAACUGCUUACAGUUGGAUAAAUGAAGAAAUUGGUUAUUGUCAAGCCAUGAAUAUCGUUGUUGCCGCGUUAUUAAUAUAUAUGUCUGAAACGCAAGCUUUCUUCUUGUUAUCGGUCCUAUGUCAGCGUCUUCUACCUGGUUACUACUCCACAACAAUGUACGGAACACUUCUGGACCAGAAGGUUUUUGAAUCGCUUGUGGAGAAGACAAUGCCUGUUCUCUGGGAACAUCUAGUUCGAUCAGAUGUUCAGCUCUCGGUUGUGUCUCUUCCGUGGUUUUUGUCACUAUAUAUCAACUCAAUGCCUCUCGUGUUUGCAUUUCGUGUUCUCGACGUGUUUUUCCUGGAAGGACCUAAAGUCUUGUUUCAAAUUGGGUUAGCCAUCUUGCGGAUCAACGGCGAGGAGCUUCUUGAUGUGACCGAUGAUGGAACCUUCAUUUCGGUUUUGAAGUCUUAUUUUUCGAGGCUCGAUGAAUCGGCCCAUCCUCGCUCUGAAAACCCUAAACUGAGGGCAAUUACACGAUUUCAAGAGUUAAUGGUUGUUGCAUUUAAGGAAUUUUCUGGCAUAACUCACAGCACCGUUGUAGAGGAGAGAGAUAAACACAAAGAUGCUGUACUAGAAAAUAUCGAGAGUUUCGCUAAACGGACGUCGAUCCGGAACCUGGGUCCAGAGAGUAAGCGCCUAAGCGUGGAUGAUUUGGGAGCGAUUUACGACCGUUUUUAUGAGAGACUAUAUGAUCACCAGGAAAGGACACGUCAAGCGGAAGAAGAGAAAAGACGAAAGGAGAAGGAAAACAUCACACCUCGCCGCCGUAAUUCACUUUUGAUGUCAAAUCCUGAUGCUGAAAUUGCAAGAGUCGGCGUUGGGCCCAGCCCUACUCUUAUGGAUUACGACUGUUUUCGAGAGUUCCUGGCAGCCACUGCCAAAUGGGCCACUACAGACUCUCCAGCGCGCCAAAGUAUUUCCCCAACCGAGUGGGGUACUUAUUCAAAUUCAAGUAUCAGAGGACGGAGCAAAUCCUUUGAUGUUAACGGUGCCUCACGGGCCGCCGACCACGAGUUCAUGAGGCGACUGUUCCGCAACUGGGAUGUCGAUAAAGUUCAAGGUCUAAGCCUUCAAAAUGUUGUGAACGGGAUGGUUCGCAUAAAAGGAUCUAGGGAUAUCAUGAAUACGAUCAACUACUUUUUCGAGCUGUACGAUGAUAGUGGGACUGGCCAAGUUGAUAGGGAAGGCAUCCUUAGGAUGUCAGAAGCGUUACUCUUCCUUUCAAGAAGAGGAUUCGAUGGUACUUUGGUUUCGAGUGACCCGGCAGAAACUAAUAACGCUGUAAUGUCCGUGGAGAAGGGGCUUGGGGCUAACACAACCUUAAGUACUGAAGAGAAAUUUCUAGGAAGUGUUAGCGACUUCAUACGCCGGUGCUUUGAGUACGCGGAUCCCAGUCAUCCAUCGAACCAGGAGAAAUCAACAAGUGAGAUCGAGAGCAAGGUAGACGCAUUUGCCAUUGGAGACGACGAAGACAAUGAUGGAGACCUUAUAGACUUAGAAGAUACGGAUGUCGCCAAUAAAAAUCAAGCAAAUUCACAUUCCAAUAACCCCUCGUCUUCACCGCAAAAAUCCACUGCCCCCUUACAAACCAGUACAAACCACAAACAAACUUCCGAAUCUGCAAACCUCGCCCUCGAUCCUGCCCACCCACUACACAUCACCAUCCCGACUUUCCGCAUGGUAAUCCUCGCCGACGAACUCCUCGAACAAUUCUUCGAGACCUUUUUCCCUCAAUCUUUCCACCUCUCCGACACGGCCGACACGGCCUCCCUCCGCAACAACUCACUUUCUUCUAACCUCACGACAUUCACCAACCUCGGCGCUAGACGUCAUGGUGCCGGUACGGUGUCAAGCAUCGGCGCCACCGUCGCGGGAGCCUCUGGCGGCAUAGUUCCACCAGGCCACAAGGGCCUACGCGGCGUCCUGGACAAUAUAGUGUCCGAUGGGAUGCGCAUGGCAGCAGAAGUACGCAAGAAGAUGGAUGAAGCUCAACGAGAGUUGGAGGAGAAUGCACAUGCCGGGCGACCGGACGAUGACGACGAUGAAGAGGACGAUGGGAUGUAUGACGAUAGCAGAAGCGGACAUGGCCCGACAAUGCCUGGCGGCGGAAGAUCCUCCGCGCGUGAUGCGGAUCGUGAUUUGUUGGAAGGGGCUGAGGUUGCAGCUUAG